AUGCGUUCUGAGGUUAUCACGGCGUGCACCAUCGAUAGUGCUGUGGAACGAAUCCUGGAAGAACUGAAGGACAUUGGUGGUACCAGCAGCGGCAGGCAGCACAACAUCAUCUACUUCGACGGUUGGGAUGGGCUGGGGGCAUCCGCCGUCCUCCGAGAAGUGGGCCGCCGUCUUGCUCCAGCAGCUUCAGAAGAGAAGAAACCAGCACUGGGCAGCGGUCUCGAGUUCAAGCUAAUCAUCAACCUCGACUGCUCCAAGUGGGAGAGCAGGAGAGCGUUGUUGCAGAGAGUUCACUGCUUUGUUCGAGGCGCCAAGGCGCUUGGGAUCCUGGAUGGAACUAUCCCCGAGCCGCGACAAGUACUUGAAGCUGAAGUCGACGGCAAGAAGAAGGAAAUUCCCAACCCGAGCAUGACUCAUGGGUGGAAAAAGAUCAAUGACUACUCAGCUACUGGUGAAUUCGGUCUCCAAGGAGGACAAUCAAGAGCGCGGAUUACAAAUCUGCGCAUGCAAUUGGCCACCACCAAGAAGGGCAGUCUUACCACGUCAGACUAUUUCAACAAGAUGCAAAACAUCAAGGAUGAGCUCGCGUUAGCCGGCGUCGUCAUCAACGAUGAUGAGGUGGUUGCUCACCUACUUAAUGGUUUAGAUUAUGAUUAUCACCCCUUUGUUUCCUCUAUGAUGGGCCGGUCAGGAGACCUUUCACUUUCUGAAUUAUAUUCGUUACUUAUGGAGUACGAUCUUUGGCUCGAGAUGUAUCAAGGAACCGAUCAAUUUCAGUCUUCAGCUAAUAUGGCAUCCCGUGGUCGUGGAAGCCGUAGUCGCUCUGGUGGUCGACGUGGAGGUCGAUCCAAUUCAGGGCGUAAUGGACAAAACAGUAAUCAGAAUUUCACCAGUAAUACUCAAGGCAAUAGCUCGCAAGGCACAAAGAAGGAGGAUGAUUACAAUGGUGUGGACAAGGAGGGCUCCCGCGCUGAGAUACCGCUGGUCGCUGAUGCAAUAUAUCGACACAUACAGAAGCAUCUGAGCAGCAGGUUCUUGGUGAUCUUCAACAACGGGAGUUGCAACGAAAUAGACCUUGAAAGCUUCGGCUUCCCUCUGUCAGGAUACUCAAGGAACAAAGCGCUGUGGUCAUUCCAAGGAGGGUUCCGGCUCUACCCUAGGACGGCUGUCAAUAAUGCCCUGGAGAGCAUGAAGAUGACAGAUGUUUUUCUCUCAGCAGCCUCUGACCCUGACCCUGCAGUUAGUGGCUUUAACUUGUCCAGCAUUUUGCACCAUGAGGCUGCAGAAAUUGCACGCAAGAUCAAUAUUGGCGGCAUCAACUGGCCUGCAGCAGCAACCGAUUGCUUCUUGUACAUGGUGAAGCUUUGCCGCAUGGGCAGUCACUUGAUGGACUAUGAUUUGGCUACCCAUAGCUGCAACUAUUGGAAAUGCGAUGACGUCAUACAGCUACAACAUGGCACUGAUGAUGAUGAUGAUGAUGAUGGUAGAGUGUGGCUAUCCUAUGAUGCUCUGCAGCAUGAGAUGAUACUAGAUGUGGACUACUACCAAAGCCCAUCUUUUCCAUCGCCAGUAAGCCGCUUGCCAGAGCAGAUAUCAUACUGGACUUCACCGACCUGUGGGUUCAUGCUGAUUCCGGAUCAGAAUGGCCGUAUUCCUAAAGGCAUGUUCCAACAAUAUGACACACUUCGUGUGCUCAAGCUAUCAGCCUGCAUGUUUAGCUGCACAUCUCCUCCGUUCCUCUGCUGCCACAGCCUCAGAUUUCUCUGGCUUGACCACUGCCGAGAAGAAAGCAGCAGCACAGAUGGAGAUGGAGUAGCAGGGAAUGAGGACAUCCCCUCGGUGCUUCCAAGGGCUGUGGGUGCUGGACGUGCGCUACUCAAGCUCAAAGGGCGGCUGCAAAACAUUCGAAAGCUCCGAGUAACAAAGUCUCAUGCCACAGCUAGCUACUACACAGACAUGGGAGGCUUGUUCUCGGGGAAGGAUAAGAUGGAGCUUCUUGACUUCUCAGCAAAUAGUGGUCACAUGACGAGCUUCCCUGCGGUAAGCAGCUGCAACAGCCUUGAGACCGUUAUCAUUAACGGGUCUACAUCUUUAAAAGAGGUAUCCCUGAAAGGGUGUGCCACACUGAAGAAUCUACUCUUGAGUGGGUUGUUCCAGCAGCUCUACAGCCUAGACAUCACUGGCACUGCAGUGAAAACACUGGAUCUAAGUGCAGUGGAGGCCCCAAUGCUCGAUCAGCUCUUCCUACUUGGUUGUGGGAAGCUUUAUGCAAUCCUAUGGCCACCUGAAGGCAAGAGGAAAAGAUACAUGGGCAAGCUACGCAUGGACACCACCCAAAAGGAGGGCAGCAAUACUACUGCCACUAAAACAGCAGCUAUGAGCGGAGGUGGAUCACCGGUUGAAUUUGAUUGGUAUAUUUCUGUGAGGGAAGCGAGGAUCCUUGGGUCACUUGUGCCCGUCAAAGAUUAUUUUGGUCCCAAUGAUGCGCAUGUGGUGAUUUCAACAACCCCAUCCCAUACUCACCGUCUCCGUGCUGAUGCCGCCGGUGGUAACAAAGGUAACAGAAUGAAGGGUAAAGACCAUAAUUCAAUAUAUGCAGAUGUCGCCACCACCCUUAAGGAGGACACCAUCAUGGAUUUACAGGCCGAUGGAGGAGAUUGUGAAGCUUGGGCGACCAUCUUGUCCAUCACCAGUAUCUUUGCAGCUCCGUUAGGAUCAAGUUGGAAUAAACUGGAGUGGUGUCGAGUCGAGCGGUGCCCUGAGUUGGAGUGUGUCUUUAGUCCUCAAGUAGGUGCAGUACCAGAUGGAAGUAGCAGUCACAUGGACAUAUUCAAGAAGCUCAAGAUAAUCUGGGCGUCACAUCUCCGCAACACACGCUGUGUCCUGGAGCGUCCUAGCUUAGAAGGACCCAGGUAUAGAGCAUUUGCAGACCUGACAUUAUUGCACCUUUACCGCUGCCCCAGGCUGCUAUAUGCUGUACCCUUGCAACUCGAAACGAUGUCCUUGGAAAAUUUGGAGACCCUCGAGAUCAUGUGGUGUGGCGAUCUCAGUGUGGUCUUUCACUUGUUUGAGGAAACCAGCGACCGUGGGAUGUACCAAUGUAGCUGGAAUUUUCCCAACCUGAAGGUCAUUCACCUGCAUGAGCUUCCAAGGCUGCGGGGCAUCUUCAAUGUCCCCUGGUAUGGCGUGAAUGCCCCAAAGUUUGAGACUGUCAGGAUCAGGGGCUGCUGGAGCCUCUGGACGUUACCACCUUUCUGUAGGAUGGUGAAGUGCGACUGCGAGAAGGAGUGGUGGGAUAGGAUGAAGGAAAGUCGUCGCAAGGUGCUGACGCACUACCACAAGCCGACCCACUCACGGUAUUACAAGAAGACCAUGCUGAGGGGAUCCCUCCUCAGGUAA